AUGGCAGAAAAAGAGGCUACAGUAUACAUUGUGGACAUGGGACGGUCUAUGGGUGAGUGCCACCACGGCCGUCCUAUGACCGAUCUUGAUUGGGCCAUGCAGUAUGUCUGGGAUAGGAUUACCACUACCGUGGCCACCGGUCGCAAAACGGCUCUAGUUGGUGUCGUGGGUCUCAGGACAGAUGGAACUCGCAACGACUUGGAUGAAGAGAACUUUUCUAAUAUCUCAGUGCUUUUCGGGAUUGGCCAGGUCCUUAUGCCUGAUAUCCGAAAACUGCGAGAGACGAUCAAACCAAGCAAAACUAACAAGGGCGAUGCGAUCUCUUCAAUUGUUAUUGCCAUGCAGAUGAUCAUUGAAUAUACCAGGAAACUCAAAUACAAGCGGAAGAUCAUUCUAGUGACCAAUGGCACUGGUAUGAUGAACGAUGACGGUAUCGAAGACAUCGUCGAAAAGAUGAAAGAAGACAACAUUGAGCUGGUAGUCAUCGGAGCUGAUUUCGACGAUGCCGAGUACGGUGUGAAAGAAGAGGAGAAAGACAGUCAAAAGGCUGAAAACGAAAAGCUCCUCCGAAACCUUACUGAGGAAUGCGACGGUGUCUUUGGAACACUGGAGCAGGCUGUCGCUGAAUUGGAUACUCCCCGCAUCAAAGUGGUCAAGAGCAUGCCAACCUUCAAGGGAAAUCUCAUGCUUGGCAAUCCCGAAGAAUAUGACACAGCGAUCACCAUACCCGUGGAGCGAUACUUCCGAACCUAUGUCGCCAGACCGAUCACUGCGAGUUCAUUCGUGCCAUCCUCUGGCACCGAACCCGGUAGCCAACCCCCAGGUAAAGCUGGUGGAGGCGAAGCUCUCACAUCUGUACGCACAAUGAGGACAUAUCAGAUCACAGACGAGAGUGCACCUGGGGGUAAAGUUGAUGUUGAGCGUGACGAUCUUGCUAAAGGAUACGAGUAUGGACGUACGGCGGUUGCUAUCGCUCAAGCUGAUGAAAGCAUCACGAAUCUGCAGACAUUCGCCGGGAUGGCGAUUAUCGGAUUCAUCCAGAUGGAUAAGUAUGACCGAUACAUGCAUAUGUCAAACACAAAUGUCAUCAUUCCCCAGCGAGGAAAUGAUAAUGCGGCUCUUGCAUUAUCCUCUCUCAUCCAUUCACUCUACGAAUUGGAAUCUUACGCGGUUGCUCGAUUGGUGACCAAAGAAAACAAGCCACCGAUGGUCAUAUUGCUAGCUCCGUCCAUCGAGGCAGACUACGAGUGUCUGAUCGAAGUUCAGCUUCCAUUCGCAGAGGACGUGCGGUCAUAUCGAUUCCCACCUCUGGAUAAGAUAAUCACCGUCUCUGGCAAAGUAGUAACUGAACAUCGCAAUCUGCCAAAUGCUAGCUUGAAAGACGCAAUGAGUGAUUACGUGGAUAGUAUGGAACUGAUCACCACAGAUGACGAAGGGGUACCCACUGACAGACUCCCGAUUGACGAGUCAUUCUCACCAUUACUCCACCGCAUCGAGUCAGCCGUUCGAUACCGCGCCGUGCAUCCCGAUGAUCCAAUCCUCGACCCCUCAGACCGACUCACCGAAUUCGCCCAUCCAGCGGAAGAGCUAAUCCAAAGUUCCAAACCCCAUCUCGAAAAAUUGAUAUCAGCAGCAGAUGUCAAGAAAGUCCCACCCAAGACAAAAGGCCGCAAACGCCAACGCGAAACCGAAAAACCAUUAUCAGGCCUCGACGUCGACGCACUCCUCAGCGUCGAACCCAAGCGCACGAAAAUCUCCACCGAGAACGCAAUCCCAGAGUUCAAGCAAACGCUCUCCCGUGCCGAGAACGUGGACGCCAUCCACGACGCCGUGCAGCAAAUGGCCCGGAUUAUCGAGAGCCAGAUCACGCACAGUCUUGGCCAUUCCAACUACGACCGCGUUAUCGAGGGUCUGGGUACUAUGCGCGAGGAGCUUGUGGAUUACGAGGAGCCGUCGGUGUACAAUGACUUUGUGCGUCAGUUGAAGGGGAAGUUGUUAAACGAAGAGCUUGGUGGGGAUCGCAGGGAGUUGUGGUGGUUUGUUAGGAAGGGGAAGCUUGGGCUUAUUGAGAAGAAGGAGGUUGAUAGCUCGGUUGUUGAGGAGGGGGAGGCACGGGAGUUCCUGGCUGCUAGUUGA